CUAAUCAAGACGUGGCCCCUCCUCCGCCCUAACUUUUCCUCUUUUUUUCCACCCUUUACUUAACGAAUCCGUGCUCCACCCACGUCUGCCCACUUGAUUGAGCUGAACGGCACUUUGAGGACGACGACCAUCACCCACGAUCAAGGUCGCGAAGUCGAGAUCGACGUCAAAGAACGCGUUUGACGAAAGAUUGACGCGUCAACUCGUGGAUCGUGAGCAGCUUCUUCUUUGCGCACUUUUUGACUGUUACUAACACACAGACAGAUUGCACCUGACCAAUCAAGGUCCAUGGACGAAGGUCUCAUUCAACUUAGAGUCGUUCCUUCUUCAACCAGUGCACUUGGCUUCCCGAAGAGCAUCUUCCAUUUGGCUUGGUUAUAGAGUCACUUUCUACAGAUCCAGCAAGCGGCUGUUCAAAGAUGGCAUCACCAAUGAUGCAGCAGCCGCCUAUGCCCAAUAGCGGCGCAUACGGCCAUGGUCCAGUUCGCCAGUCCGCAUCACAUUCUCCCGCUUUCCCUCCGCCGUCGCAACCAGUUGCGGCUCCCAAGCAAACCCCGGUGCCUGUUACUGUACCAGGUGCUGCUGCGAAUGGAGUCAAGUCGCCUGUUGUUCCGGUCGUCACCUCUGAUAUUCAGCAAGAAACUCAGUCAGCGUCAGCUCAACAUACGAGUAACGUGGACAAAAAUAAGAGAUUCCACGACGACUAUGCUCGGCUCUCCGCUGCGAUUCAAGAAUCAGACCCGGAUGCAGUCAGACGGGCCAUUCGGGACAACCAUCCAAAGUGUUUGUUUGGUUCACACUAUCACCUAGCUUUUCUAAUGAACGUUACCAUGCAUCAAGCCGACAUGGGAAUCUUCCAGAGAGCCGUCAGGGACUAUGGUGCAAGGUUCUUAGAGGCCGGCAAGCAUGAGCUUAUCAAUGCCAUGACCACGGCUGACAUUGAUGAGGUGGCGGAUAAGAUUCUCGCCAAGGCCUCCGACAUGUUCCUUGACAGAGCUCUUGUAGCUCGUCUGCCCACCAUCCAGGCACGUCGACUUGUUAAUGCCCUGGCGCGAGCGGAGAGGCUCGGAUACGAUGCUGCGGAUAUUGUCGAGAAUGAGCAUGUCAUCCCCUCUUUGCCUGGAAAUACUCCUGCGGCUCCGGCCCAACAACAACAGCACCUACAGCAACAGCAACAGCAGCACCAGCAGUUACAACAACAACAUCAAGUUGCCCUCGCGCGUACGAACUCCUUCAAGAGUGUCAACCAAAAGCCAGAGUUCCCUGUGCAACCCCUAGAGCCAGCGGAUCCUGCCAACCCGCAAUGCCUUUACUGCCACCGCACUUUCCCAGGGGUAUCGGCCUACCAACAUCACGUCAAGAAGAAGAUCUGUGUUAAGACGUCUCCGCUGUCAAGAUCGACUAGUGAGGCGUACAUGUGCCCUCACUGCGCGCAAAGAUUCGGCGGCAUGGCUGGUUUGCAGUACCACAUGAUGAACAAGGUGUGUGGCGACUUUGGCGAAGUCAUCAAGGAUGAUAUUUCCUCGAUUCCGAAGGCGUCCCUGCCGCCGCCAGUUCUCAACCUGUCUGUCAAACGGCCAGCUCCGGAUAGCGCCCCCAUGUACGUCGCCUCCGGUAGCAACAGCCCGGCAUACUCGAACACCCAGACACCUCGCGCUCCUUCCAGCUCUCAAGCGGUUGAUCUCUCGAAUGCUCCCUUGGGCACCCCUCAGCCCAAGGAUAUGGCCCAUCUCACAGUACAUCAAAUUGAGGCGCUGAAGGCCGAGUUACAAUUAGCUGAAGAAGGAUUCAAGAUGAAAAUCGACGCUGCGCAGAAAGCCGGUGGUGACCCGGAUGAACUGCAGAAGAAGCUGGCGGGAUUCAAGAACUCGUACGCAUGCAAGCAGUCUACGAUCCGCAAGAAGUACGGCAUCAAGCUGCGUCAGCGACGUAAUCGCGAGGAGAUGGAAUUGGAACGCCAGCGUAUGGGCAUGCCUGAUGGUGUACCUCGCACGAUUCCCACGCCGAGUAAGGAAGGCCAUGCCGACAAGCGAGUUCGCCUCAAUGGAAAUGGUGAUGCGUCGGCGACGCAGACUCCGCGGGACCUUACACCGAUCCAGACCGUCGCGGUAACGGACAUGGCCAACGGCCUCAACGGGUCCAACGCGACGGCCGCAACACAGGAUCCGACGGCGAGUAUGAGCAUGUCACAGCCGCCUACAUCCGCACAGCCGGUGGCGAGCCGGCCGCCGCCGUCAACAUACCAUCAAGGCAACUAUAGAGUCGGGGUGCACGUCCCAAGCCCGUCGAAGAAGGUUGGGUCUGCCCCUCCUGACGAAAGCGCGAUGGAGACAACGCCGUCGAAGCCAUCGUCUAAUGGCGGUAUGACGGCCUUGCAGCUUCUCAAGCAAGUGGGGGGUGAUGCUGGAGCCCCUAUUGACCUGGACGACGUUGAGAGUUCCUCCGAAUCAGAUUCCAGCUCUGACGAAGAAGACUGAGCGCAUCACUAGCUACGUCUUUCGUUUUUGCCGUCUUUUUUACAUCAGCAUUGUUUGCGACGAUUUUGCAACCUCUUGAUUUCCGGCAGAGGACUACCGCUGAGAGAAGAAGAGGGAGUAUUUGCAUUAUCUGGACGCAAGCAUCCAGCUACAUUUCCCGGAUCGACACAGCUCGGAUACCCCCAGGUUUCUCAUUUUCGGUACAGGCAUCGGGACAUAGUCAGAAGGCGUUAAGGCAUCAGCGAUGGCAAUUUUUGAGAUUCUUUUAGACACCUGCACGCAAGAUUUUACUUUUCAUCCAACAGGUUCGUGGCUGGAAGCCCCGGAGUCGCAUCAUCUUUGGUCUGCAAAAGUCCUCAAAAGGCUGCGAAGGGGUCAUUGAAGCACAAGGGUCCAGACGGCCCGGGUUGAAUCCCUGCAAGGUCGACAUUUCAAUGUUAAUAGCAAAUAAAGAC